CCCCAGUCACUCGAUACAAGACAUCACUAUGAAUUACAUUCACCAACACUCCUCGCAGCAUGAUGGACUUUUUGCCAUAGAACCUGGUACAUCGUUCCCGCCAAAUGUGGCUGAGAGCUGUGCUCCAUAGUAACCUGCACAAACAAUGCCUUGGAUUCUUUGUACUCCACUGCUGCUCACACCAAGUCACAAUGUCGUCCCAGUCCCCUGCAGCUGGUGGCGAGAAGCUUUUUAAGCUUUGCUGCAAUACACAAAUACUAUACGAACAAGACACUAGAAGAUGGCUUCGACUCUCCAAGCCACCUGGACACAACAUGCAUAAACCUGACUAGGGCUUUCCCCAAGCAAUCAACUUAUCCUGAGUAACCAUUCUAUUAUGCAUAGCCAACCACAUAAUAAAACCAUGCCUGGGGAUUAUCUCUUUUGACCAUACAAGUUUCCACCAGCUCACUUCUCGCGGUCGAUCCCUUAUAGAAUUCCAAACCCUCUUGACAGAGUACUUUUGCAUUUGUUCACCCUGCCAUAACACGUGAGGAGGGAUACCUGUUACGUGAGGAUAAGCAAACUCUCUACACUUCAGUAACCGCCUCCAUACCUAUGUACCAGCAGAAGUACCAGACACCUCCCAUUUAGAUACAUUGUAUCACAACAUUUAUCUAAUUUUUAAAUAAAUAUAUUUAAAAUGUUUAAUUUCAUUUGAUAUUAAGUGACAUCAAAAUUAUUGGUCCAUUUUCUUCAUUAUUUAUAGAAUUAAUUGGAUCGGACCGUAUUAUAGUUGGAUAAGUAUUGUCAGGUCCAAAAGUCGGUUUGGUCUGAUGAGGUCCAGUUCGUCAAGCCAUUCUUGACUUGCAUAUUUAAUAAUGCAGUCACUUAGUUGUUCGUAGUUGGAAAAAACUGACACACACAACAAAAAAAGAAUUUAGAUGACAAAACAUAGUGUAAAUAUGGGGAAAAACAUAACCACAACCUUUUUGCCAAUAUUUUGUUUCUCUUAACAUGAGACACAAUAUCAAUAUCAGCGAAAGAAUCAUAAUUGUUGAGCAACUGUCUAAAGUUCAUAAACAAUCAAAUGAAUUGAUUACACAUAAUCAAUGAAGACUAUAGGGUUUCUAAUAUGUAAUCAUUAUUGAUUAGCCAUGAAAUAACAUAAGGGGAUUUCAAAGAAGUUGAAAUUAAACAAUCAAUUACAAGAUGAUACACAACAUAGAACAAAGGGUUAAUUGUAAGGUUGGUCACUGGGAUUACUAAAAACGUUCAUGUUUGCUCACUGCAAAUAUUUAAUUUCAUUUGUGGUCACUAAAUUUUACUAAAACAUGUCAUAAUUGGUCACUCUCCAUUAGCCUCCGUUAACGGCGUUAAUUUUUUUUUGUUGACAUGGCUAAUAAAAGUGCUUAAUCAGCUAUUUUUAAACCAACAAAAUAAAAUCCGACCCGCCACAUCAUUAAAAUCUGACUGCGAACCCAACAACUUUUCUUCUUCUUCUGACUGCGACCCAGGUGAACCCAAGCAGAUCGCUAGUGCAAUCAACCUAUGAGAACCCCAGCAUCCACCUUCUCUGCCGCAAUCGACGAACCCAUCCCGAUCUAUGUUUUUAGUGUUUCAAUUUCUGGGUUUUAGGCUUUUGAUUCGUGCUGAGUUUUGUGGUUUCAAUUUCUGGAAUUUGGGAUUUUGGGAUUCCUGUGCCGGUUGAAGUCUUCCUAGACGGACUGAGGGAUGAGGAGGCUUGAUUCCAUGGACGACCCCGUUGGUCCGGGUGACAUCGUCGGGUCGGAUGAUUACGGCGGAGACGAUGGUGGUUCUAAGUAUUUCAGAUUUGUGGGGGCGGCGAUGGUUCGGGUGGCCUUCACGCGAAAACCCAGCUCUAUCACAUGCUUUUUUAGUUCGGGUGGGUUGGGUUGGAUAUAUGACGUGGUGGGUUUAAUGAUGUGGCGGGUCGGGUUUUAAGUUUUCUGGAUUAAAAUUGGGCGAUUGGACAUUUUUGUUAGCCACAUUAGCAAAAAAUUAACGUCGUUAACGGAGACUAACGGAAAGUGACUAAACAUGACAUGUUUUAGUAAACUUAGUGACCAUGAAUGGAAUUAAAUAUUUGCAGUGACCAAACAUGAACGUUUUUAAUAACCUAAGUUACCAACCUUGCAAUUAACCCAUAGAACAAUACAUGAAUUUUUUCAAGCUGUGUUACUUAAUAUAAGAUUUAAAAGAAGUUGAAAUUGAACUAUCAAUAAUUAUAUUCUAGACAUUCAAAACGUAAAUUUUUUGACUUGUAACAAAAGACAUUAAUCACU